AUGACGAAUAGAGUAAGAAGGAUGAUUCAUGAAGAAAUUGGGGAUGGAUACUUUUGUAUUCUUGUUGAUAAACCACAAGAUGCAUCUAAGAGAGAACAAAUGGCUAUUAUUUUGAGGUUUGUGAAUGGUGAAGUUAAAGAAGUUGAUGUUAUUUGGGAGUUCUUUUCUCAUCUGGACAAUAUUAUCAACAUUAUCACUUCUUCCCCUAAGCACAUUACAGAGUUACAAUCUACUCAAAGAAAUGAAAUUGAGCAUAAGUUAGCUACUGGGGAGCGUGAGUCGGGAAGUGGAGCAAGUCAAGUGGGUAAUUUACAACGAUCGGGAGCAAUUCGUUGGAGUUCUCAUUAUGACUCUAUAAAGAGCUUAAUAGAUAUGUAUAAUGCAACUUGCAAAGUGUUUGAAAAUCUUAGUGUUCACUGUCCAAAUGGAAGAUCUCAGGGCGAAGUUCAUAGCACUUACAAAUAUAUGAAAAAUUUUGAUUUCGUCUUCAGUUUGCAUUUAAUGCAUACCAUCAUGAGAAUAACCAAUGUUCUUUGUCAGGCCCUUCAAAGAAAAUCUCAAGACAUCCUGAUUGCUAUGAGAUUUGUUUCUACUACAACAAAACUCCUCCACAAAUUAAGAGAUGAUGAUUGA